AUGGCUUCCAUCACCAGGAGAGUAGCUCAGUUACUGGGCUUCGUUGGCUCGAACCCUAAGCCUUCAGACGAGCUUCCCUGGAACCCUCACAAUACCAACUUCCCUACCCGCAAAAACCUCCCUGAUAUUCCAGGAGCUCCCAAGGGGGCUGCUUGGGUAUGGGGUAAAGAUGACAAUCUUGGGAGGCUUAAUCUACUCACCCCAAGUCGAAUUAAAGCGGCUGCGGCUGAAAUCAAAACUGGAGAAAUUAUACCCCUAGAUCUACCCCUCAAUGUUCCAGAGACGCCUGGUUUUGCCCGAGAGAAAUUCGUACAUACUAUCAAAACAAUUAUGAAAGAUGUCGCAUACGACGAUAAGUAUGAAUUAAAUACACAGAGUGGAACUCAAUGGGAUGGAUUCAGACAUUUUGCUCAUUUAUCAUCUCUCAGCUUUUACAAUGGUACAAAAGGAGAUGACAUAGUCGGGCCAGAUGCAAAUCACAAGUGCAGUAUACACCAUUGGGCAGAGCAUGGUAUCGCAGGUCGCGGAGUUCUAUUAGACUAUCGGUCCUACGCGAAAGCCAACGGGAUCGAGUAUGACCCGUAUACUGCACAUGCCAUCACAUACGAAGAGCUCCGCAAAUGUGGCAAAGCACAGGGCAUCGAUAUCCGACCCAAGGCCCAGGGUGGGGAUAUAAAAGUUGGUGAUAUCUUGUUGAUCAGGUCGGGAUGGGUGGAAAGUUACCAUGAGCGCAGCCCCGAGGAGCGUACAGACCUGGCUCUCCGGCCGCACGCUGUCGGUGUCGAUGACGGACAAAAGUACGCUGGGGUUGCACAGGAGGAUGCGAUGCUUGACUGGCUGCACGACUGCUACUUUGCAGCUGUUGCUGGCGACGCACCGGCCUUUGAGCGAUGGCCAACCCCCGUACCAUACUAUCUGCAUGAAUACAUCCUUGCUCUGUGGGGGAUGCCACUUGGGGAGAUGUGGGAUCUCGAGAGACUGGCGAAGAAAUGCCAUGAGACCGGGCGCUGGUUUUUCUUUUUGACGAGCGCUCCGUCUAAUGUUCCCGCCGGAGUGAGCACCCACCCGAACACGACUGCUAUUUUCUAG